GUCCUCUUCCGUUUUCAACAUGGCGGAAUACGAUCUGACCACCAAAAUCGCCCACUUUCUUGACAGACAUCUCGUUUUCCCGCUGCUGGAAUUCCUUUCAGUAAAAGAGAUUUACAAUGAGCAUGAGCUCCUCCAUGGAAAGCUGGAUCUUCUCAGUGAAACCAACAUGGUGGACUUUGCCAUGGAUGUGUACAGGAAUUUAUUUCCUGACAAAGAAAUACCAAACUCUCUCAGAGAGAAGAGGUCUGAAGUUGUGGCUCAGCUGAAGCAACUGCAGGCUGAUACAGAGCCAAUUGUGAAGGUGUUUGAGGAUCCAGAGACCACCAGACAGAUGCAGUCAACAAGGGACGGACGUAUGCUGUUCGACUAUCUGGCCGAAAAGCAUGGUUUCCGCCAGGAGUACUUGGACACUCUGUACCGAUACGCCAAGUUCCAGUACGAGUGUGGGAACUACUCUGGUGCAGCGGAGUACCUGUACUUCUUCAGAGUCCUGGUUCCAGCCACGGACAGAAAUGCGUUGAACUCUCUUUGGGGCAAACUGGCCUCCGAGAUCCUGAUGCAGAACUGGGAAGCUGCCAUGGAGGACCUCACCCGCCUGAGAGAGACUAUCGAUAACAAUACGGUAAGUUCUCCUCUCCAGUCUCUCCAGCAAAGGACUUGGCUGAUCCACUGGUCUCUCUUUGUGUUCUUCAAUCACCCCAAAGGCAGAGACAACAUCAUUGAGCUUUUCCUCUACCAGCCACAGUACCUCAAUGCCAUUCAGACCAUGUGCCCGCACAUACUGCGCUACCUGACCACAGCCGUCAUCACCAACAAGGACGUACGCAAGCGUAGGCAGGUGCUGAAGGAUCUGGUGAAAGUCAUCCAGCAGGAGUCAUACACCUACAAAGAUCCUAUCACAGAGUUUGUGGAGUGUCUGUAUGUGAACUUCGACUUUGACAGUGCUCAGAAGAAGCUGAGAGAGUGUGAGGCGGUGCUGGUGAAUGAUUUUUUCUUGGUGGCAUGUCUUGAGGACUUCAUUGAAAAUGCUCGUCUUUUUAUCUUUGAGACCUUCUGCAGAAUUCACCAGUGCAUCAGUAUAAGUAUGCUGGCCGAUAAGCUGAAUAUGACUCCAGAGGAGGCAGAAAGAUGGAUCGUCAACCUCAUUCGCAAUGCCAGGCUGGACGCCAAAAUUGACUCCAAACUGGGUCACGUGGUGAUGGGCAACAACGCUGUUUCACCAUAUCAGCAGGUGAUCGAGAAAACCAAGAGCCUUUCGUUCCGCAGCCAAAUGCUGGCCAUGAACAUCGAAAAGAAGUUGAGCCACACCAACAGGAACGAGACUCCAAACUGGGCAGCUCAGGAUACUGGCUUUUAUUGAGUGGUGCUUUGUGGACCGUACACUUCCAUCUUGCUUUCCAGCCUUCCCAUACUGCGGCCGAGCAUCCUGUUCUCCCUCUCAUGUCCUUCAAUGGAGUGAGAGAGGGCCUUAUUUUUUCACUUGGGGUUCAAUACAUCUGGUAGUAAAUAAAAUAAAAACCAUUACAAAAACAUGUUCAAUUCAUGCUUGCAUUUUAUUCCUGGACAUUACAAAUGGUGGUUGAGGAUUAAGUGGUUGUGAUCUUUGUGUAAUAGAUGAAGUUUUAAUGUGCUGUGAGUCACAGAGUAGGACAGGGUUUGACUCUUGUGUUUUUACGCCGUUGCACAUGCAUGCGCCGUAAUGAUGAAUGAGUGUUUAGUCUGCUGCGUUUAUGCCACUGUUAUGUAGCAGCCCACUCCGCUGCGGCAGACCAGGGAGAUGUAAGCGGAGAGGGCACAGAAAGGUGAUUGUUCCAUCGUUUGUUGUCAUAUUGGCUGCAAGUUGUCCCCUCUCUUCGCAGAUAAGCAAGACAAUCAACGUAACGCCCCUCAUGACAUCUCCCAUCUCAUCUACUGUGCAUAACACCUACGUUCUCUGUCUCUUUGUAUCGCUCAAUCUAUUUUCUAUUUCUAUCUCUAACUCUUUUAAACACGCGAGAGCUUACAGACACUUCAGGCUGGGAUUCGAAGCAUGUCUUAAUGUCUGCUUUGGUCUCUCUAUCAGCUGACAUGUUUAUGGGCCCUGUCUCUCUGGACGAGUGAAGAGGGGGCUUAUAGCUGCCACAGCGCUCAGGCUCUCAGCCAGACAUCUAAAACAACUGACGUCACCUUUACUUUCCCAGCGAGCGGAGGAAAGGGGGGGCUAAAGUGAUUGGUUUACCGGUCUUUUGCCAUGACACAUUACGAAAAUAAAACCCUCCUAGCCCUUAAUUAUCACAUUCACCUUAUGAGUGCUGUCUCAGAUGUUGUUUUAGUAAGACAUCCAGACCAACAGCAGACGUGCGGCUGAGAAGGUUGUCCACCACAACGUCUGUCACUUCACUUAAAAUAAAUAAACAAACACCCAAAUGAAAGGUCAACAUGGGUUUUGGUUUAAGGGCUACAUAAUUUCCUUUUUGCAUUGUUCAUUCUGUUUUCCCCCAAUGCAAAGGUUAAGGCAUUUGUUUAAAACAAGGCCACAUAAUUAAAAUAUACACAUUUGUUCUCUAAUAAAAUUUUGCCAGAAUUA